AGCAGACACGGGGUCCUAAUCUAUAUAGUGUGGAUUUCCCUGUGUCAUACCAUUUUUGCGCCUUUAAGAGACAAAAUAAAAACCCGCACAUGCGCUGAAAGAAGGACCUUUGAUUCGCUUUGUUUAACUUGUGUCAACAAGUAUAUCUGAACCGAUGAGACGAACAAUGGGAAAUCGUUUUCAGAAUGACUUUGCAUUAAUAACCCAGCUAUAUAAGUAAGUAUAGGCAAAUCGGCUCAGUGCAGUGUAACUCAGCUACGCGGGUAACUUCCGGAUACUGUAUCUGCUGUGCUAGGGAACUUUUAAGAGUCGCUUUUUGAAAACCUGUAUGCAGAAAUGUCGAAAAAGGUUGCACUGGUCACCGGCGCUAACAAAGGCAUCGGGCUGGCGAUCGUGAAGGGUCUGUGUCAAGCGCGUUACCCCGGAGAUGUGAUCGUGGCUGCCCGGAGCGAGGCGCUGGGCAAGGCGGCGGUGGAGGAUUUGAAGAAGGAAGGACUGACGGCUAUCUUUCAUCAGCUCGACAUCACGGACCCGGCCAGCGUGCAGCGAGUAAAAGACUUUCUGGAGAAGAAUUACGGUGGAGUCGACGUUCUCAUCAAUAACGCAGGAAUCGCGUUUAAAGCCGCUGCCACUGAGCCCUUAUCGGAGCAGGCGGAGGUGACUCUGCACACAAACUUCUUCUCCACCCUAUGUGUGUGCCGUGCUCUGCUGCCCCUGGUCAAGCCCCAGGGCCGCGUGGUCAAUGUGUCGAGCUUCACCAGCAGCCAGGCGCUCGCUCAGUGCAGCCCAGCCCUGCAAGCCAGGUUCCGUGACCCCGCCUUGACGGAGGCGGAGCUCUGCGCUCUCAUGCAGGACUUCGUGUCCGCGGUGCGUGCGGGGGCUCACCGGGAGCAGGGCUGGCCAAGCUCUGCCUACGCCACGUCCAAACUGGGUCUCACCGCGCUGACCCGGGUCCAGGCCCGGCAACUCUCCCAGGACCGGCCCGGAGACGGGAUCCUGCUCAACGCCGGCGAUCCGGGCUGGGUCAGAACGGACAUGGCCGGGUCCAACGCUUCCAAGAGUCCCGAGGAGGGGGCACAGACCCUCCUGUACCUGGCACUGCUGCCACCCGGAUCCACUGCACCCCACGGGGAGCUCGUGAGCGAAAAGAAGGUGCAGGAGUGGUAGAGAGAGGGAGAGAAGAGGAGGAGGAGGAGGAGG